AAAAUUCUCAAACUGCCCCUCGCACACACACUCCCUCCCUCUCUGUCUCUUCUCUGAGAUUCCGACUCUCUUCUUCCCCUCUCCUUCUUCCUUUUCUCCCUCCGUCGCUCUCAGAACAAAAGAGAAGGGCGGUCCCCGGAUUCCUCUGAAUCUCUGGGGCCGCCUCUUUUUCUCUUGGUAAUUUUCAUAUGUUUUUUCUGCUAAUAAAAAGUCUCGGCCUCUUUCUGGGUGAGGAGAAACUCUGAAGCUUCCAACUUCCUCUGAGACGGGAGUGUUUUGGAUCCUUUGGCUGCUGGAGAUGUUGAAUUAGUUUCUUGGUGUUUAUCUUUCUGGGAGAAUCUCGCUGGGUUUGAUACAAUGCGGUCCUUCUUGUCGAGCUCUACAUGUUCUGAUCCAGGCAGCGGUAGUGGAAAUCGCACGCAUUUGUAUCUGAAUAUCUAUGAUCUCACGCCCAUAAACAACUACUUAUAUUGGUUUGGCCUAGGCGUUUUCCACUCGGGCAUUGAAGCUUAUGGCAAGGAAUAUGGCUAUGGAGCCCAUGACUACCCAACAAGUGGAGUUUUUGAGGUGGAACCUAAAAAUUGUCCCGGUUUUAUCUAUAGACGCUCUAUCUGGUUGGGCACCACAGAUAUGUCAAAAUCAGAAUUUAAAUUGUUCAUUGAGCAUCUCGCAGGAAAAUAUCGUGGAGACACAUAUCAUCUGAUUGUGAAAAAUUGCAACCACUUCAGUGAUGAUGUGUGUAUGCGCUUGACUGGAAAACCUAUUCCUGGCUGGGUGAAUCGCCUUGCGAAAUUAGGCUCUUUGUGCAAUUGCCUACUGCCUGAAAGUAUUCAGGUUACUGCUGUCAGGCAUCUACCAGAUGAUCAAGAAUAUUCAGAUGAUGAGAUUGAUUCAGUUCUAUCCUCCCCGGUUGCCGACAGUGAUGAUGAAGAUCCAGAUCACCAUUUGCUGACUGCACCAAACCUUGACGUCACAUUUGUCAGAGACAAGCCUGUGAGAUUGGCCAGAGAGCUCCUUUAAUGUAGUUGUGGGCCGAGGAUAUGUAUAGAGUUUUCCCAUCAAAGCAAAGGGUCAGAGUUUCAGAAUUUUUUGAGCAUAAUGAGUGAUGAGAGGGGAUGGAGAUGGUGGACAGAAUCGUAGGCGCAGCUAUAGUGACCAAGGUGGAAGUGCUGGGCAAAAUGAUGGUUGCUUCUAAUGGUGGCGAUGUCUGGAGGAUAUUGAGCCUAGUUGCUGGGGCAGGCACGUUUCAGAGUUGAGUGAAAAAGCGGAGUUUACCUGUUGGCGUGUUUGGAUGACAAGGGGCAAAAGCUUAGCUGAGUUUGGGAACUUCUCUGGUGCGUGAUGCUUAUGCAUACUUGCAAAUUACGAACGAAUAUCAAUUCUCUUUGAAUUGUUUCCUUUUCUGAAAGUAUGUGGUUAAAUCAGAAUCACAAAUGGCACUGAUAAAAACACAUGAAAUAAAGUAAACAUGAAAAUAUUGCAAUA